AUGUCGCGCUCCUUCUAUGUCGACUCGCUCAUCAUCAAGGACUCCUCACGGCCCGCGCCCUCGCUUCCUGAGCCGCACCCCGGGCCAGAUUUCUUCAUCCCGCUGGGCAUGCCAUCCCCGUUGGUGAUGUCCGUGUCCGGGACGGGCUGCCCGUCCCGCAAGAGCGGCGCGUUCUGCGUUUGCCCGCUCUGCGUCACUUCGCACCUGCACUCCCCACGGGGGCCCGCGAGCUCCAGCGGCGGGAGCGCAGGGACCGGGAGUGCCGGGGCCGGGGGUGGCGGGGCUGCGGCAGCCGCCGGGGCGUUGCCCCUGCUCAAGAGUCAGUUCUCUUCGGGUCCUGGGGACGCACAAUUUUGCCCGCGUGUGAGCCACGCGCACCAUCACCACCACCCUCCGCAGCACAACCAUCACCACCACCAGCCCCAGCAGCCCGGCUCGGCUGCAGCGGCGGCGGCGGCGGCUGCGGCGGCGGCCGCCGCGGCGGCCUUGGGGCACCCUCAGCACCACGCACCUGUCUGCACUGCCACCACCUACAACGUGGCGGACCCGCGGAGAUUCCACUGCCUCACCAUGGGGGGUUCGGACGCCAGCCAGGUACCCAAUGGCAAGAGGAUGAGGACGGCGUUCACUAGCACCCAGCUCCUGGAGCUGGAGCGGGAAUUCUCUUCCAAUAUGUACUUGUCUCGACUCCGGAGGAUCGAGAUCGCCACGUACCUGAACCUGUCAGAGAAGCAGGUGAAAAUCUGGUUUCAGAACCGCAGGGUGAAGCAUAAGAAGGAAGGGAAGGGCACGCAGAGGAACAGUCACACAGGCUGCAAGUGCGUCGGCAGCCAGGCGCACUACGCGCGCUCAGAGGACGAGGACUCCUUGUCGCCGGUCUCGGCCAACGAUGACAAGGAGAUUUCCCCAUUAUGA